CUCUUCCACAUUAAUUUCUGAACUGCGCUUGGAAAGUGUUGUGUAGCAAAAAGGAGUUAAAGGUAUACAGAAUUGGGAAAGUAUGCGCAUUCUGCCCUGCAUGAAGAACUACAAUGAAGAUGAAUAUAAUUCUAAGCAGAUCGACAGGGAAAUCAAACAGUGGAUCCGAUCUUAUAACGAGGCCAUCAAACUUUUGUUACUCGGUACGGGGGAAAGCGGGAAAACCACCAUUUUGAAACAAAUGAGGAUUUUACAUGUGCAAGGAUUCACUGCCAGCGAAAGAACCCAAAAAGUUCAACACAUAAGGCGCAACACGCACGACGCCAUUUACGAGAUUGUACGGAACAUGUCCACGUUGAGCAUCGCACUGCAGAACCCUAAAAAUAUUCGAUCGCAGCAGUUUAUUUUGAAAAUUGGUGCGGAUGGACCUACGGAUUACACAGAGGAUUAUUUCGACCACGUGAGGGCAUUAUGGAAGGACGCCGGAGUGAGGGAAUGUUAUAAAAGAUCCAAUGAAUACCAACUAAUUGACAGUGCAGAAUAUUUCUUGGACCGUAUAGAUUUAAUAGCUAAACCGGAUUACAUGCCCUCAGAUGCAGAUAUAUUGCGAUGUCGGCAGAAAACCACGAGCAUACAGAAAAUUGAGUUUAAAGUUAAGGUUCCAAAAUCAAUGCAUGGAGGUGUCCAAGAAUUUUGGAUGUUCGAUGUCGGUGGCCAGAGAGGGGAAAGAAAAAAAUGGAUACAAGUAUUUGAGGGUAUUCAUGCAAUCUGGUUUCUGGUGGCGUGCAGCGAUUUUGAUCAAACUUUGCGUGAAGACCACACCCAGAACCGGCUUAAGGAGUCGCUUGUUUUGUUUGAAGACGUUUGGCAUAGCAGAUUUCUCAUAGACGCGGGUAUAAUCGUGUUCCUCAACAAACAAGACAUCCUCGAGUGGAAGAUAUCGCAGGGGCGCAGCAUCGGUCAUUACUUCCAGGAGUAUCACGAGUUCGAUUCCCCGGGCGAUGAAUACACACGAACAAAGUUAUUUAUUAGGAGUUUGUUCGCUGAACAAACAAAGAAAAAACGCGAACGCCGCAAGCUGACCGCUUCGGCAGAACGCUUCGUCGUCAUGGAGGCGAGUCGCACGCGCGAGUGUUACUUCCACUUCACGACCGCCACGGACACCGACAACGUGCGGACAGUGUUCCGAGACGUCCACCAGAUCAUACUGACACACCAUCUCAACAGCAUUGGCGUUUAUUAAACGAUGUUUUUCUUA